GAGAAAUAUCGUAUACUCUAUAUACAAAUGGAAUAUUGUGAAAAUAAAACCUUGAAAGAUAUCAUUGAUACAGGCGUAAAGGAAGAUGAAGGUUGGAGGUUGAUUCAUCGAGAUUUAAAACCAAGUAAUAUUUUUUUGGACAAAAACGGUGAUGUGAAGAUCGGGGAUUUUGGAUUGGCUACCACGAAUGAAAAUGAUGCAUUAUUUGAUCCGAGUACUUUCAGAAUGUCAACUUUUUACAGAAUGAACAGUAGAGAAGAUUCAAUGACUGGAGAUGUCGGAACGCUCCUUUACGGCGCGCCUGAGGUUGCUACCAAUGCUGUUGUGGGAACCCGCUAUAACCAAAAAGUGGAUAUAUAUUCCUUAGGAAUAAUUUUAUUUGAAAUUUUCUACAAAUUUACUACUGAAAUGGAACGUCGAAUGACUAUCUUAAACCUUCGAAAGCCCGAGAUAAACUUUCCAAAAGAUUUUCCAUUUGAAAAAAUGGACAAACAGGCGCAUAUUAUUCGUUUGUGCAUGCAACAUAAUUCUAAAAAUCGACCUACAAGCGUAGAUCUUUUAAAAAGUGAAUGGCUACCAGCUAAAAUUGAAGAUGAACGUUUGCAAGAAUACGUUAGAACAAUGGUUGAAUUAAUCACUCCGUUGUUGAUGCCCAAGUCCGAUAUAUAUGUUGAGGACAAAAAGGCAGUUUAUUUAAUUGAUUCAGAUGGAGGAAUUGUACAGCUUCCCUAUGACUUGACGGUACCUUUCUCAAGAUAUAUUUCACGUAACAAUAUUACAGAUCUGAAAAGAUAUGCAUUCGAUAGAGUAUACAGGGAAAACAUUGUUGGGCAGCCUCGUAUAGUUAAUGAAGCUGAUUUUGAUAUAAUUCAUUCAACACCUGCUCCUAUGGUUGCUGAAGCAGAAAUAAUAAAAGUCGUUGAUGAAAUUCUUGAAGAAUUCCCACCAUUAAAAACGAACAAUUAUUGUUUUUUUGUAAACCAUACGAGCAUCGUAGAAACAAUUUUUGAUUGCUGUAGAAUACCUGGGGAUAUUCGUCGUGGUGUAUAUAAUUUACUCGGCCAACUUGACAAGAAAUAUACGAUGAAUCAGAUCAGGACACAACUUAUGGAAAAAUAUGACUUGUCAAGGAGUGUGCUGGAUGAGCUAGUUCUUUUUGAUAUUAGAGGUGAUCUGGAUUCAAUCUCAACUACUUUGGACAAGUUGAUUCCAGCAGGUAACAUGCGUAAACGAAUACAUGAGGCAAUUAACGAUUUCAAACUUUUGUUGACAUACACACAAUGUCUUGACAUUCGUCAUAAUAUUAUAUUUGUACCAUUGUUAACGUAUAAUAAUCAUUAUUACAAGAAUGGAAUGAUCUUUCAAACUGUUGACAGUAGUCGGAAAGACGUGAUUGCUGCUGGUGGAAGAUACGACUCAUUAAUACAAAAAUUUCGGCAUCCUAUAGCAAGUGGAGCAUCUGUUGGUCGACAACAAAUAUUCGCAGUUGGAGUUAACAUAGCAGUACAAAAAAUAGUCAUUACUCUAGAAACUUAUCAAAGCGCCAUAUCUAAAAUGAUUCAAAAAAAGAAGCUUGAAGAGGAAAGGAGUUUUGGAUUUUGGGCACCAAAAAAGUGCGAUGUAUACGUUGCAAGCUUUGGCAAAAUUAUGUUACAGGAGCGCCUAGACCUUGUUCGUGAAUUGUGGGCACAUAACAUUAAAGCUGACUUCAUGUAUGAAGAACCGACAGAUCUUACUCCUGAAAUUCUGGCUUCUUCAUGCAGGGAUAAAGGGAUUAAUUGGAUAAUAAUAAUGAGACAUAAAAGUCAAGAUUUGUAUACUUUGAGAGAUGCUGCGACUAUUUUCAAAGUAAAGAAUUUGAUAUUGAAAACUGAAGAAGAAGUUCCCCGUAAUGAGCUUUGUGUAAAAUUAAAUAGUGAAAUUCAAGAACAAAUGAGAAUUGAUUUAUAUGCUUCAGGAUCCAAAUUCCACAAACAUCAUCUGAUAGCACAGACAGAUUUGACACAUGAUUUCAGCAAUACCAAUCUGCCAUUAUCAUUAGAAGCGUCUUGUAAUCGAUCAAAACUAUCUAUCAAGGCCGUUAUACCUUCCACAACAAAUAAAGGCAAUAAAAAAAUGAAACAUAAGCAAAAGCAAUUACUUAUUGAUAAAGCACAUGAUAAUAUUUCUGGAAUAAUAAAACAUAUUAACGAUGGUAGUGUUCCUGUUGUGGCAAUAGACGUAAGUCGUGAAUUGCUACGCAAAAUCUCAGAUUGUGAUGUACUAGACGAUGAGUCAUUUAAAUGUAAAAUAUUUGAUAUGGUUCCUCCGCAACAAAAAGAAUAUUUAAGUAGUAUUCAAAGUUAUCUCAAAAAACUACGAAGCAUGGAAGAUUGCAAGCAUAUUUGGUUAUAUUCACAUAGAGAUGAUUUUGG